CUCGUAUUUCUCUCUCUCCUCGACUCCUGCGCUCUCUCAGCUAUGGCAUGGCUGUGCUUUCGAUAUCUCAAUGUCAGAUUUUCUUCUCAGGAACUGCAACGAAACUCGACUUCCCUCGAAUUUAAUCAUGCCCUCUGUUUCUUCUGAUUUUACCGUAUUUUUGAAGUUACCCCUCUCCGAACAGAAAUGCCGGUGAGAUCUGGCAAUGGACAGGGAGGCUAACCUUCCGGUCCCAUCUGUGCAACCAACCGCUUCGAAGAAUAUAGUCCCUCAGAUAGCUAAUUCAGACAGGACAUCAUCGGCUUCUUCAUCGCUCUCCUCCUCCUCUCCUCCGCCGGAUUUUCUCCGGCAUGUUCAAGCGGCAUUCAAGCGACACCGCCCUCUCGGUACAAUGCAGUCAAGUAGUAUAGGACCUAGGCGUAUGUUUGUUCCCCAACAUGAAGCAUCUAGCAGCGCAGCUUCCAAUGUGGGCUCUAAGGUGGACACUGAGAAGUCCCAUGAUGUUAUUUCACGGAGCCAAAGUCAUGCUUUGAGAAAUUCAGUGGUACAACCAAAAACUGAAGCAACUGUUGUUGGGGAAACUUUGGAAGAUGCAUCAAUUACGACACCUUCCAUUUCCGGCACUCUCACCAAAACCUUUGAAGAUGGUUUUAACCCAUUUGGUGUUCAGACAGCUCAAUUCAAGCCCAUUGCUGGUCAUAAAAAUGACAAUGUGAAAUUGCCGUCGCAUGUUGAGCCUCAACACCUUGAUGGUGAGAAAAAAGGUGAAGUUUCAAGUGGAAUGCAUACCAGUUCUCAGAGGGCCGAUGUUCAAAUGGCCAUUGAAUUGGAGAACUUAUCAUCUCAUAUGGAUUCACUUGCAUUGACAGAAAUGGAAUGGGAUGCAGGCAAUCAAGCAGAGGUAUCAACUCUCAUCAAUCACGUGUCAAGUAAGCAUAAUUUCCAGAACCCAGAACUGGAUAUCAGCUUAAGAUCUGAAGGCGGGGACCGCGGGGUAUCAGCUUCAUUGUCAAAAGGGAGUAUAGUUAUUCAGGACCAGUUGCACGAGUUCAGAAGCUUUUUAAGCCAACCUGCCACUCAAUUUUCAGUUGCUGGGCCACUUUGUGCUACCACAACGAAUGUUCAUUCAACUUCGGCACCCAUACUUAAUUCAAUGACCUAUAGUUCUCAGUUGCAUCCAGAUACUGGUUCUCAUGCCAGAGGGCAGAGUGUGGGGGAUUGCAAUUCGAAUUCUCAACGUCUAUCUCAAAGGAAUAUGGUUUCGUCACAUAAGGACACCUUUGGUACAUUGAUUAACCAGACAGGUAUUGCAGCUCAGGUUUCUUCAUUAGCUACUGAUAAUCAUGUGGGAGUUAAUGAGUGCGACUCAUCUAAGAAGCAAGAAGACUGUGUGCCUAAGGAGAAUGAAAUGCCAAAGAAUCCCUCUGCUCGUGUUGAUGACUUAGGUGAUGCACAACCUCGGGCUUCAUUGUCUGAUGUGAAGUUGGAGCCUUCAAAGUCAGAAAAACAGCAAAGGGUUCCAAGUGGUAAAGGUACAACAGUGCCUCGUAAAAAAAAUUAUGAUCCAGACUUGUUCUUCAAAGUCAAUGGAAAGCUUUACCAAAGACUUGGCAAGAUAGGCAGUGGAGGUAGCAGUGAGGUCCACAAAGUCAUCUCAUCAGACUGUACAAUAUAUGCACUUAAGAAAAUCAAGCUCAAAGGUCGUGAUUACGCAACAGCUUAUGGGUUUUGUCAGGAAAUUGAGUAUUUAAACAAGCUGAAGGGAAAGAACAACAUUAUACAGUUAGUUGAUUAUGAGGUGACAGAUAAAACCUUGCUCCGGGAAGUCAUGAGUGGCUCCAUGAAUUAUAAGGAUUGCAGAGUCAAGGAUGAUGGAUGCAUAUACAUGGUACUUGAAUAUGGCGAAAUUGAUUUAGCUCACAUGCUGUCGCAGAAAUGGAAGGAACUGGAUGGCUCUGACCAGACCAUUGAUGAUAACUGGCUUCGAUUUUACUGGCAGCAAAUACUGCAAGCUGUAAAUACAAUUCAUGAAGAGCGUAUUGUGCACUCUGACCUGAAGCCAGCAAAUUUUCUUCUUGUCAAAGGUUCUCUCAAGCUGAUUGAUUUCGGUAUUGCGAAGGCAAUAAUGAGUGAUACAACCAAUAUACAAAGGGAUUCACAGGUUGGUACUUUGAGCUACAUGUCUCCUGAGGCAUUCAUGUGCAAUGAAAGUGAUGCAAAUGGAAACACUAUUAAGUGUGGUCGGCCAUCGGACAUUUGGUCGCUUGGCUGCAUACUUUAUCAGAUGGUAUAUGGGAGAACCCCCUUUUCUGAGUACAGAACAUUCUGGGCUAAAUUCAAAGUUAUAACAGAUCCAAACCAUGAAAUAACAUACGAACCAGUUUCGAACCCAUGGCUUCUUGAUCUGAUGAAAAAAUGUCUGGCCUGGGAUCGCAAUGAAAGGUGGCGGAUACCUCAACUACUUCAACAUCCUUUUCUCGUGCCCCCUGUCCCACUGCAACCAUCUUUAUCGCAAUACAACGGCUGCAAACUGCUUCAAUUUAUUGCUGAAUCUUGUGCCAAUAACCAGGAAGCUGCCAUGCUGUCCAGUCAGCUCAAGCAACUAUUGGUUGACCCAGUUAUACCUCUACCAUCUCAGUCAUUUCCUUCUCAACAAUGUGAGUUUCUUUCACAAAUUUCAUCGCUUUGCUCUCAGCUUCAUGAUUGUUUAGCGAAAAUUAGAGGGCAGAACUAAAAAUGAAAGGUUGUAAAUCACCAUGUGUAAAUGUAUCCACUUUGUGAAUUCCUCUUUUGGUGUAGAAGGAGCUGGGGAUGAUCAUGCUCACAUGUUUUCCCCUUUUGGUUGUACUAUAUAUUAUCGUUUCUGCUGUGUUAUGGCGUUUGGGAGAAGCUACACUCAGAAACGAUUUAUUUAACGACCAUGUUUUUCGGUUGCAGAAUGGGUAUUGCCCAUGCACAUUAUGCAAAUAAGCUUGUCCCCUUUGUUUACUUUGUACAGAAUUUAGGGUCACAUAAGAUAAGUUCAAAUUCUAUCUGCCAGUUUGGUCUUAUAAGGCAAUUGUGUGCUUCAUCCAAGUGGAUAUUCUGGGAUUUCGUCGAAUUGCGACCAGUAGGCAAAUUAAAUGCAUUGAUUCUUCGUCUUUUUCAGUGUAAUCUGUGGGAGGUAGUCAGUGGUCUGUACAAGCCCACAGAGCCAAAAGUAAUGUAUUUUCCUCCCAACUCUUUUUGGAAGCAAAUAUUUGUAAAAUUUAAGACAGGAUGUAAGAGUACCACAAGGACAAGGAAGGAGUUAAAAACGUAUGAAAUUGUCCUUUUGUUGUUCGAGCUCAAAUAAUCAAAUCAGCUUAUGGAAGUACCAGAUCCCUGCUGAAGCCCAAAAGAUAAACCCGAACACAAAUGGUGGAUCUCAAAUUUGUAUGGAGAAAAUAAUGCAGAUAUCCUCCAACUCGAGCCAAUCAAACAUGGCA